CAUUACCAGCAACAUUGUGCGGUGUGUUGCAAAACAAAAUGGCGGCUCCAGCUAAUGGCCGUACGUGGGCCGCGGGCGGUGAACGGAGUGGAAAAUCGGACGAGGACCUCUUAGUGUUCGGUUACUCGUGCAAACUGUUCAGGGACGACGAAAAGGCGAUGCAUAUUGACCGCGGCAAACAUUUGAUCCCGUGGAUGGGCGACAACAGCCUAAUGAUUGACAGGUAUGAUGCAAGAGGCUACUUGCACAGCAUCGAAGAAUACGAGCCGAAGCCUGGAGCGGCGCAUCGGUACGCCGCCUCGCUUUCAGAAGAAGAGAGAGCCCUGGAAGAGCUGUGUGAAGAGGAGCGGUUCCUGGCGCUCUUCAGGGAUCUCCACGAGGAGUCCAUCUACCAAGAAGAAGAGCUCAAGCGUCUCAACGUUGCCUUGAAUGCGGAUGGCACCUACAAGGAGACCGCCUUCUCUUACGACUCUGAAAACUCUGGCCUGGAGUCCCAAGACGCUCAGGACGAGGCCGAGGUUCCAUUCAAGGCACCCAGGGGCCUUCACAUUCCUGUGUCAGUACCCACGCCUCCCACGAUGAAGUUGCACGCCAUCAUUGAGAAGACGGCCCUGUUUGUGUCUCAGCACGGAGCGCAGAUGGAGAUACUGGUGAAGACCAAGCAGGCAGGCAACCCCCAGUUCAGCUUCCUUUCAUUCGACCAUCCACUCAACGUCUACUACCGCUUCCUCGUCGAGCAGAUUAAGUGUGGAACCUAUGUGCCCGUCGAGGAGCCAACUGGCAACGAGGAGUCCGAUGAUGAUGAUGACCACUAUCUCCACCCAAGCCUGUUUGCCGCAUCAGCGCCAGCUGUGCCGGUUGCCGUUUCCAAGGUGUUUCUCUCCAAGGAAGGCGAGGAGAACGCAUACUCGCAGCUGAUCAAAAACCUCAAGCCGCAGCUGGACAGCCCCUCAGGGGGCGCGUCACCGUGCCCUCCCCAGGACGCUGUAGAAGCGGCCAAUCACGGCUCGGCGUAUGGCUAUACUGAUGGUGCAGGCUAUGAAGGUUACGGAGCACCUGAGGACGGUUCAGUGCCACCUCCACCUCCUCCAGGCCUGGAGCCCAUCCUCCUUCCAACACAAGCUAUACUUACGGGCUAUGCGAUACCACCACCCCCAGAUGUGCAGCCGAUCAUUGACAAGAUGGCUGUUUAUGUAGCCAAGAAUGGCGAGGACUUCGAGACCAUCGUCAAAAGCAAAGGUGACAAGCGCUUCGAGUUCUUGCUGCCUGACCACGAGUACCACCAGUACUACCUGCACAAGAAGCAGACGUACCUCAACGAGCGGGCUCAGCAGCAGCAACAGCUGGAGCCAAGUGCCGCGGAGGCGGCAUCGGAGGACAAGCCUAGACCCGCCGACGACGAGAGCGAGACCCGUUCUACGGGCGACGCUGCGGAGCCGACCGAGGAACGCUACGACGUGGUGGGCCCUAAAUUGGAGAACGGACUCAGUGUGGGCACGGACGACGGCCCAUCUCGGUCUGACUCUCCUUUCUCCAACAUUGACAGCAACGACACCAGCUCCCUGCCAGGGUUGUCGACUCCCAGUGACAGAAACUACGUCAAAGGUCCUGUGAGUUUUACGCUCAAGCUGAAGGAUUUAGAAGGAAAGGACAAAAAGCGGUUGCCACUUAAUGCUGACGAAUCGGACUCCGAAGAGCCGGUCGAGGCUGCGGGCUCGGCUGUACCGGCUACGCCAUCGGUCGCUGCACCCAACGAAGAACCGGCAAAAGCGGUGGAGAAGGUUGCCAGGGAUAAGCAUUUAGAGGGUGCGUCGUCGAAGGACCGGCUCUCCCCGGCUCGGCAGCUACAGCUGGAACGCAAGAAGCGCCUUGCAAAAUUCCUCAGCAUGAUCAAGGACUCUCAAGAUGCUGGUGCCAUGGGCUCCGCCUCGGCGGCACCAGCUGGACAACAGCGCGAGGGCUCCAAGGGUUCUAGUGGUACUUCUACACCGAAGGAACCGGCAAGCAGGCUUGCCGAGAUCUCACGAGCUCCUACUGACUCGCUUCCGGCUUCACCUGCUGCCAACACUGGAAGGGAACGGAGCAGUGACAGGGCUCCAUCUGCAGAAAUAGUAUCCCCACGGCCACAGGUCACACAAGUCCUCAUCCAAAUCCCGCCACCGGUCACGUUCCCCCACCAGGCAUCAGUCAUCGCCACCAUCGACACGGCAGGGACACCUCCCGGUCACCGUCACGGGAAAGGCACCACCAUCACAACAUCACCCGGUCGCCGCGGCAGGCAGUGUCUAAAAGGUCGCACAGUAAAAGUCCAUCUCCAGUGCGAAGGUCCAAAACUAGGAGAUCAAGGUCGAAAAGUCCAGGAAGGAGAAAAUAGGAAAUAUUGUAGAAAACUUGUACAAUAGUCUCAUGACUGUAAAUAUACAUUUGUAUACUGCU